UACCCGUACGCUCUAUAUUUAUUCUCCUUAUUGCUUCAUCAAAAUAAAAAUAUCUCAAAUACCCUAACCCUAGCUCUUCUCUCUCAACUUAUUCAUCCACAAAAGGAUUCAUUAUGAAAGGAGGUAAAUCGAAAGCAGAGUCUAAGAAGGCUGAUGCAAAGCUUGCUGUGAAGAAAGCGCCCGCUAAGGGUGCUGGAAAAUCUGCUAAGGCAGCAAAGGACCCUAACAAACCCAAGAGGCCUCCUAGCGCUUUCUUUGUCUUUAUGGAACAAUUCAGAGUAGACUAUAAAGAAAAGCACCCAAAGAACAAAUCUGUGUCUGUUGUUGGGAAAGCUGCUGGAGAGAAGUGGAAGUCAUUGUCUGAUGCUGAGAAAGUUCCUUAUGUUGAGAAAGCAGAAAAGCGCAAGAGGGAUUACGAGAAGCUAAUGGAUGCCUACAACAAGAAAUUGGCUGGAGAAGUCCCUGAUGAAGAAGAGGAAUCUGACAAGUCAAAGUCUGAAGUCAAUGAUGAGGAUGAAGAUGAUGAUGGGUCUGAUGAGGAGGAAGAUGAUGACUAGGAAUGAUGGAAUUCAAUUGUGACAGAGAUAGCUGCUGUUCACUCUAUGUUUGGGUCUUUUUUUUUAAUUGUUUAAUAGUACAUUUUAACUAGUUCAUUUUCUAUCAUAUCUGUUUCCAUUAGAAGGAUAAAAGAGUAGAUAAUCAGGUUAUCUUUUGUAUGGCAACAUAUUUACAUAACUAUCUAUCUAUCAAUCUAUCUUUAAGUUAAUUCAGUUAUUAUUAUUAUU